AUGUCGAACUCACAUGCAGAGAGGUUGACGCCUACCAGUUCCUUUAUACACCGUUUAUUUGAUCGUGAGGUUAAACUGCCUACCAAUAUCGUUGCACACAAUCCAGCAGUCCAAAAAUUGUUCGAUGAUAAAGAGAUCUCAUGGGGUGUUCAGUGGGAAUUGGCGCGCGGAGUGUCGACCAACUCCUGGACAUGGGAUGAUGUCAAGGACAAGCUCGUCUCGUCGGAUUCACUCCGUGGCUCGGAGGAAGACAUCCUGUUCAAAGUUGCUGUGAUUAUGAAGAACCGACCUAUUUCUGCUGCUGAACUGGAAUACAAAAUUGGGAAGCAGCUCUGGCUCGAGCAGUUGGCACUCAUGGAAAACCAAGGUUACGGUCUCGGCCCUAUGAAAGACUUCCAGAAAGAGACCCAAUGGUACGGCGGACGAGUCCAGCAGAUCGGCCAUCUCAUCCCCGACUCCAAGAAUAAGUUCAGAGUCGAAUUGCAGCCACUGGAGAUGUGCAAGUCAACGCGCUUUGCGCGCUUUUUGGGCUCUCGUCGGAUGUUACAGAUUCGCAUAGCUGAUAAUCUCUUGAUGCACGCGGAAAAGGACAUCAGGGAAUUCUUGGCUCAAAAAUUUGUCAUCUGCGGACGUGUCUUUGUUCCGUGGGUGCCAAAGGAAGGGUCUCUUUAUCUCGUUGAAGGCAAUGAAGAUUUCGAACGGGCGAACCAGAAAUGGUGCGGAGAUCAAUAUCGUUUGUCAUAUCCUGCUAUUUUGGAAUGGCACAACCCUGCAGCGCUGAAUUCGGAGCAGCCAAUUGCAAAAUAUGUUACGAGGAAUACACUCGGAUUGUCUACUUCGAUUCCUGGCUUGGUUUUUGAGGAGGAAAAUAUCUUGGAGAUCGCGGACGAAACGAUAGCCACCUCCGACUGGAAUGGCGAGGGAAAACCUUCCGCAGAACAGCUCAUGACCGAUGGAUGCGGCUUUAUCAACGAAUCCGCCCUCAGAAGCAUAACUAAGCUGCUUGGGCUUUCUGUCAUGCCGACGGCUGUUCAAGGUCGUAUCGCCGGCAGCAAGGGACUAUGGACACGCCAUCCCAGCAACUUCGAUGAAGAGCAUAAAAUCUGGAUCCGACCUUCUCAGAAAAAGAUCAAUUAUGAGCAGCUCGAUUACUGUCACCGCAUCCUUGAUAUUGUCAGCGUUGGGAACCCAUCGGCAAGUAGCACGCUCUCUUCUCAGAGCAUUCUCAACCUGUCCUUCAAUGGCGUACCCGACGCUGUUCUGACCGAGCUACUAAAGGAGGGACUAGAAAGGACUGUGGACACUCUCACAGAGAAGAAGGGCAGGUUAUCUGAUGUCGGUCUUUGGACGGCUGUGAACCAAGCCGGUGGUGUGAGCGCUGCAAGGAUGCAGAGGCUUGCUGGAGGUCUCGCUCGGGUUUUGGGUUAUACCCGACGUGAAUGGCAUGAGGCUGUUAUUUACGACGACAAGAAGGUUCCUGAUGAUGAGGAACAAUCACUGCCCAUUUGUACGGGUCGGAACGAGUAUAGUGGUGCACCCUUGUCUCUUCAUGAGCUUGCUCUUGAUCUCAUUCAAGCGGGCUUUACUCCUUCAAAGUCCAAUUUCUUGUGGGGGAAGAUGAGGUACAUUAUUGACCAGUCAAUCAAGUCGGCGACAGAAGGGUUUCGUAUUCCGCUUCCUGAUGGAAAAUCUGCGGAGGCCUUCGUCAUUCCCGACCCGACAGGCCUUCUGCGCAACAGGGAGAUAUUCUAUUAUUCUUCAAAGGCGAUCAUGGAUAAAGAGACCAAUAAGGAAUUCAACAUCUUGGAGGGCGAUGUCUUGAUCGGAAGAUACCCACUGAGGCUUGCAUCCGAUAUUCAGAAGGCGAUGGGUGUCCGCGCUGUCAACAUACGGGAACUGCACGAAUACAAGAAUGUGAUAGUCGUUUCUGUUCAAGGGCCACGGAGUCUUAUGACACUUCUCAGUGGUGGAGACGUUUGCUUCCUACUGUGGUUGGCCUCGCUUGUCGAAGGGUUUCAGAGCAAGCUAUUGCGUCGUCAGCCAAAGGAUUUCAUGCAAACGCAUUUCGAACGAGACAUUCAGUCCGUCGCGCAAUUUCAGGAAUGCGUUGAAAAACGUGAACGCACCCAAUUAUGCUUUGUGAACAUCCUAAUGACUGGCCUCACAAAUGGGAGGGUUGGUUUGUAUUCGAAGUUCCACGACAACUCUGUCAAAAAGUAUGGGUAUGACAGCGAACAGUCGAUCCUGCUUUCCUAUAUGUUCAAUACCUUACUUGACGCAGGUAAAACCGGCCAUCGAUUACGACAUGAAUCCUAUAUCGACCACAACGCCAAGUUCGGGAGGCCAGUUUCCCAAACCUCCGAUGGUCGUCCUUUUAUUCUGGAUGUACUGGAGGAUGUUGGAAAAUCAUUAAGGGACAAGAUUCUGCAGGAGUAUCAGCAGCAACAGGUUCCCAGCGGAUCAGACGUCAAUCUUUCUAAGCCGCUGCAAGACAUCCAGAGGCGCAUUGUUGCAGCUACCGAGCAUCAAACUGCGUGCGAGUUCCUUGAAAAAGAGCUGGAACUAAUCAAAAACCAUGUCCGUCAAGCCCAUUCUGAGUAUCGAAUGAUCAAGUGGCCUUCGGCCUCGUCAUUCUGUGUCGGAAAGAGAAACAAGGCGAAAGAAGGAGAGGAUCCUGCACGUAGGGUUGCGGCCUUGUACGCGUCUGAAGUUCCUGGGAUCUUCCUCAUGUCGGCUAGAGAGGUCGCAUGGGUCAAGGCUUCAUUUGCGUAUAAGGAGAUGUCUAAGUACAACGAGAAUUUUGCGUUUAAAGUGGCGUUCAAGGACCUUUGUGCUAUCAAGGCACACGAGUCGUCGGAUGGGGCUGCGGCUGUGACGAGAGCUUUGGAUGAGAUGAAGUCGAUUUCCACUGCUGCUCGUAGGCUUGUCGCGGCUGAUUUGGAGUUGCAGUGUGUAUUAUAG